AUGAACAAGCCCUUCGAUCGCAAACAACCCCCAUCGAUUGCGACUGGCUAUCGAUUCAAGACUAUGGCAGGGAGGGGGAACAGCAAGAAGCGACGCAUGUCGUCACCCACCUCCUCAACUACAAAUGACCCUGCUAGGUCCAAGCAACGAUCGAAAAAGAACAGGACUCAUGACGUGAUUGAUUUGGCUAAGUCCGAUGAGGGAACGAGCCCUAGUACUAGCGACCGAGACGACGGGUCUCCUGAAAGCACUCAGGCUUCCAACACCAAGGAACUCACUGAUGAACAAGAGCUGAUAUGCAAGUAUGAGGGGCCAUCUCUACCUCGGAUAACGCUUAUCCACAAGCCCGACAGGAUCUACGCCGUGACAUUCUCCAGGCAUCAAUUCCCGAUUGCCAUUGCCUUUGCUUUGACGAUCAACAAGGCUCAGGGGCAGUCAUUGUCAACUGUGUCUGUUUACCUCCCCCAACCCGUUUUCGGCCAUGGGCAACUAUAUGUCGCAUUGUCACGGGCCACCAGCGUUGAAGGAUUGACGAUAUGCAUGGUUCAAGACCAGCUAUCCAACACCACCGCCACCACAUCCAACGUCGUCAACCUCGAAGUGAUCAAGAAAUGCCAAGACCGGGCCCUAGCUUAA